AUGACGACAAACGAGCCAUUCUACCUGCGUUACUACUCUGGUCAUCAAGGCCGAUUUGGACACGAGUUCUUGGAAUUCGAUUUUCGAGUGCUCGGAGACGGCCGCAGCGCAUCUGCCCGUUAUGCCAACAACUCAAACUACCGCAAUGAUUCACUCAUCCGGAAAGAGAUGUGCGUCAGCGAUGCUUUGGUAGCUGAGAUUAAGAAGAUCGUCAAGGACAGUGAGAUCCUCAAGGAAGAUGACACAAAGUGGCCCCAGAAGAACAAGGACGGCCGUCAAGAGUUGGAAAUUCGGUUAGGCAGCGAGCACAUCUCAUUUGAGACUGCGAAAAUUGGCUCGCUCCAGGACGUACAAGACUCGUCAGACCCAGAAGGCCUCCGCGUCUUCUACUAUCUCGUGCAAGACCUCAAGGCUCUGGUCUUUUCUUUAAUAUCUCUGCACUUCAAGGUAUGCGAUCAAGUGUGCUCACGUUAA